AUGCCACGCAGACCGCUACCGAUCGACCCCAACGCCAGCCCGACCCCAGCUAGGCCACCGACGUCGCGCACCUCAGCCUCAUCCCAAGUCCCAGCGCCAGCGCCAGCCCCAACGACAACAUCAACAACCGCUACAGCCAGCAACAACGAGGCUGCGGCCUUUGAGACCUUUACCCACGUCUCCCCGCCACCCAACGCCCACCUCGGCGUCGCGCGGCAUGCUUCUCCUCCCCCCGCCUUGCCGUCUCUGGGCGGCACGGGCACGAGCACGAGGACAGGCGAGAGCGAGAGCGAGGCCCCCAGCCCCAGCCCCAACCUCAACCUGACGACGGCGUUUAACCCGCGGUCACUGCCAGUGUUUGUCGGGGGCAUGCCGUCCGAACUCGACGAGCCGCCAUUACGCCGAUGUCCAGGCGACCUCGGCGGGUGGAACUGGGGAUUCUACUGCCUGGCGUACUGGGGUGGGCAGCACCAGAUGUGGUACUGCCGGUACUGCUCGAGGUACUUCUGA